GAGAGAGGACGACUAUCUGAGGGCAGAAGUAGACUUGUGUAAGCUUUUUUAAAUCCCUUUGUUUACAUCUCUAACACAUGUAAACAAACUUCACAUGAAGAGCUGAGAGUGAUUUACUCACUGAGGAUUACUGCUCAGUGCUGUCGCUGCAGCGGCAGGGAGGGGAUGGAGCAAGCCGCAGCGUUGCGCGGCCGCCGCACACUUCGCCUACCGGAGUUUGACUUUUUUUCCACAGGUGAUAUUUUUUAUUCUGCACAAAAACCCAGCACGUGCCUCCUGCAGGGAAGACCCCGAGCGUAACAGCGCGCCACCUUCCCGCCAUGUUUGCCGAGCUGAGCGAACUGAGCGAACUAAACCUCACUGCGUCAGCAUGGAGCGACUUGCCACUGGAGCGUCUUUCGCGCGGCGGGCACCGCGUGAUGUCGGUGUUCCUGGGCGGCAUCAUGGUGUUCGGCUUCCUCAACAACCUGCUGGUUCUGGUUCUGUUCUGCCGCUUCCGGUCGCUGCGCACCCCUGUCAACGCACUACUGCUCAACAUCAGCAUCAGCGACAUGCUGGUCUGCGCGUGCGGUACGACGCUCAGCUUCGCCUCCAGUCUACGCUGCCGCUGGCUGUUCGGCCGGACCGGCUGCCUGUGGUACGGCUUCAUCAACUCCUGCUUCGGCAUCGUGUCCCUGGUGUCUCUGGCGGUCCUGUCCUACGAGCGGUACUCCACCCUGCUGGUUUACAACAGCCGCUCCUCAGACUACAGGAAGCCCCUGCUGGCGGUGGGGGGGGCGUGGCUGUACUCAGUGGGCUGGACGCUGCCCCCCCUGCUGGGCUGGAGCAGUUACGGUCUGGAGGGAGCCGGAACCAGCUGCUCCGUGUCCUGGACCCAGAGGACCGGAGCGUCCCGGGCCUACGUCCUCUGCCUGUUCGUCUUCUGCCUGGGGCUGCCCCUCCUCGCCAUGACCUACUGCUACGGGAGGCUGUUCCUCGCCGUCAGACAGGUGGGUCACAUGAGACGGCCCCAGGCCCGCCGCAGGGAGCUGCACAUCCUGUUCAUGGUGCUGACGGCCGUGCUGUGCUACCUGGUCUGCUGGCUGCCGUACGGCGUCGUCGCCAUCAUGGCCGCCUUCGGACCGCCUGGCGCCAUCAGCCCCAUCACCGCCGUCAUCCCCUCCAUCCUCGCCAAGAGCAGCACGGUCAUCAACCCCGUCAUCUACAUCCUCAUGAACAAGCAGUUCUACCGCUGCUUCCUGAUCCUGUUCCACUGUGAGAACCAGCUGACGGAGAACGGACUGUCCUCCGUCCAAUCAAAGACCACUGUGCUCCCGCUGCAGCGACGCCUUGACCCCCCCACUGACCUGGAGCUGCCUGAAGCCUCCACCUGAUGAGAGACACUCAGAUACACAGAGCUGCAGUGUUGGUCCCUGAAGGCAGCAUAUCCCUGGACAAAUGGGAUUCCUUUAUCAACACCAACUCAUAAAAAGCUUACCUGUGAUAUCAUAAGUAAUGCCGACUCAUGUCAGGGUUUUAGGAGGCCUUCAAAGUCAUGAAAAUGUAAUAACAAAGGAUUUUAAAGCGUGGCACAUUUACACAUUUCUGUUUAUGUAAAUUAAAGUUGAGUUAUUCAAUAUUGACUUUUAAAUCCCACUUCACUUUGAA